AUGGCAUCGACAACUAAUUUCUUGAUUGCACUUCUUGUUGUUGUUAUAAUGGUUGCUGGUCCAGCAAUGGCAAGUGAGCAUUGGGUUGGAGAUGAUCAAGGUUGGAAGCUCGACUUUAACUACACAAAUUGGGCUGCCACCAAAGAAUUCCAUGUUGGAGAUAAGCUCAUAUUCAAGUACAAGAAAGAUGUUCACAAUGUGAUUAGAGCAGAUCAAGAAGCCUUCCAAAACUGCAAACCAAGUAGUGAUGUUACACCCUUAACUUCUGGAAAUGAUGUGAUUAACCUUACAUCACCAGGGAAAAAAUGGUACAUUUGUGGAAUAGGCCAACAUUGUGUAAAGGGAGUGAAACUUGCUAUCAAUGUUUUGGAAGCUGAAUCUGGAUCCCCUGCUCCUUCACCAAGUGGCCCUGCUCCUUCAUCUGCUUCUUGGAUUUCUCCUAAUGGAAAAUUUGUUGCUUCGAUUGUUGCUGCAUUUGCAAUGUUCGUCGUGAUAAUGUCUUGAGGAUUAAAUUAGUUUGCGCUUUUUUUCGGUCGAAUGGAGGGUGAUUUAACUAUCAUAUGUCAUUUUGUUGUGUAAUUUGUAUUCACAUUGAUUUCAAUAAGAUAAUUGAGUGGUCAGCUAGUAGAGUCUGAAACUCCUGGAUUGUAAUA